CUGCAUGUUUUGCACCGUGCCGGGGAAAGCUGUGCUACGUGAUUGAUUGACUAGCGUAUAUGGACUUGCAGACCAAGACCCAACUGUAGUUUCAAACGAAAAACUACUCGUCCCAUGAUAACCUGUCGUGAAAUCGAGGCAAUGUAACUCCAGGAACAUGAAAAGGUCGGAUAGCAGUGAGAGGGAGAAGAAAAGAAAGAGACAGAAGCUUCUGCAGGAGCUGGGCGGGCAGCGAAUCCCCUUCCUCUCACCUGCAGACUCGGGCUUUCAGCAGCUGUGGGAGUCCAGUUACCCCGGCCUGGUCCUACGACGGGCUGACGGCCUGCCCCCUGACCUGCACGGCCGCGUGCAGGCCGCCCUCUGCUCCUUGCGUGGCCGCGGCUGCCUGCUGCGUGACCUUGUGCGGGUGCGAGGCCGUGACGUCUUCACCUCAGUCUCCCGCGCUCUCCUGGGCCUGCCGGGCUAUACCUACCGCUACCUGAACACCCGCCUCUUCACCAUCCCCUGGCACAGCGAGGAGGUGGAGGAGCGGAAGGAAGGGGAGCAGGAAGACAAGUCACAGGGUGAGGCUCUGGAGGAAGUGGAGAACAAGGACAAGGCCUGCUGCGACCAGGAGCUGAGGGCAGCCUGCAAGGCACUCUGGGAGCUGAACCACUUCUUCUGCAAAGACGUGUACCGCAUAGAGGAGGCUAGCGACCAUGAGCAGGGACCCAAAGAGGCCGAGGCUGGCGGGGGGUCUCCCCAGGCACAGUGCUCCAAGGGCUCCCCCGUCACGGCCCAGUUUAAUGUAACCCUGCUGAACUACAUGGACCCGACCACCAUGGACCAGCUGAAGGAAGAGCCCUACUAUGGCAUGGGCAAGAUGGCGGUGGGCUGGCACCACGACGAGAACCUGGUGUCGUUUUCCUCGGUCGCCGUGUAUAACUACAGCUGCCAGGAUGACAAAGUUGAGGGUGGCAGCUCUGAAGACGCGGGCCGGGCCCCCUGGCGUCUGGGACUGAAGGUGGCCUGGGACAUCAACACCCCGGGCCUGGCGGUUCCCCUGCAGACUGGGGACUGCUACUACCUGCGAGAUGACCUGAACCGGACCCACCAGCACUGCGUCUUGGCCGGGGAGGCUGCUCGCUUCAGCUCGACGCACAGAGUGGCCGAGUGCUCCUCAGGAACACUGGAGUACAUACGGCGCCGCUGCGAGGAGGCCUUGGAGAACAUGUCCACAAACCCAGACACUGGUGCCAGAAAUCUGCACUCCCUGUCGCCUUCUGCUCUGCAGCUCUCUGAGGAGAUUCACAACGAGGUCGAGUUUGAGUGGCUGCGCCAGUACUGGUUCCAGGGCAGACGUUACUCCAGGUUCUGCAGCUGGUGGAACAAGCCCAUGGAGGAGCUGGAGGAGUCCUGGAGAGAGAUGGAGAGCAUGACACAGCUGACGCUGGCUGUAGCAGAGGAUGACAGCUGUGAGGAGCAACGGAGGAAGGAGGUAGCUGAGGCCCUGCUGCCGGCCCUCACGGAGCGCCAGCAGCACAGACUCACCUGGAAGGAACGGUGUGAGUCCAGACUCGCCCAGACCCUACCCCCUGAGGAGGCGCCAAUCAACCGGCCAUACUGGUGUGACGGUGACCCUUCCAUGCCGCUGCCCUUUGACCUUACCGACAUCAUCAGCAGGGUCGAGUCCCUCUUGUGGAAGCUUUAAGGGGGACGGUCCCUGCAGCGUGUGUGUCGGCCCAAAUGGAUCGCUGAAGAAAAUGAUCUGCCUAUAGACGGCGUCCAUCGCUUCUGAGACGUGUGGCCAAUAGAGCGCGUGCCAUUCUUAUCCCAACCCCCAGCUGCGUGGUGGGGGGGGUGGCGGGACGUUGCGCAAGCCAGGACGAGAAUGACACCACAGCUACAGCAUCAUCUGUUCCCUCAUCUUCCGUCUCUUUUUUUCCCGUAGGUAGUGCAAACGCUGAAUAUUGCUACGAUUAUUCUCGUGCCAAAUGACCGGAAUCGCUCUUCAGUAUUCAUCGCUACUCGGCUACAUCAAAUGCCCAUGUUAUCUCAUAUGGCUUGUCGUAACUUUAUUGUGCAGAUAAAUAUGUGUCUUUUACCUAAUCGCUCGUCGUCACUGUGUGGGACCGCAAGUCCCACCUCCUCCACCUCCCAGCCCCACCCACGCGCGGCCCUGCCUUCUCCCGCUAGCCCAUAUGCUACCAGAACAUCAUGAGUCCGCCUCCACCUGCUUCGCCAUUAAUGAGAAUCAGCAAACUAAGGCGCUCUUUACGCUAACCCCCCGUGCUACUCCUUUGUCGUAGACAGACAGACGACCGGCGCGUUAUUCCUAUUCUGAAGCCUGUUUCUCAGGUGGCCUUUGUGUGUCCGUGUCAUGCAUCGCAGUUGGGGUCAUUAGGCAGAGAUUUUUGGUGGGAUUGGGAGAUGUCUGUACCAGAGACUUUCAAUGGCUCUUUUCUAUGUUGAUGAAUGCUAACGACAAUAUCACAGCACCUUCGAUAUCUAACACCCUUGCCCUUCAUAGUUGCCAUUGUUUUGGCUUUGUUUUGUUUUGUUUAGUUUUUUUUAACUUACCGAUGAAGUAGAAUUGAAAGCUGUUACGUGAGCGUUUCUUUAGAUUGUAAUGCAGAAAGUCUGAUUUAAAUGGCUAGAUUGUAAUGUGUUGGAUGUCAAAUGUUUGUUUUUCUAUUUGUUCUUGAUGAAGUAGAGUUUCCAUAUUAUAAUAAGAAUGCAAAUAAAUAUUCCAUGUUUUUCCCAGUU